UAAUCCACGUGUAAUGCAAUGACGAUUGACGCCACCUUACGGAAAAAGCGUGAGUGCACAAAGGUGCAUGAAACGUGAACUCAAAUACUGAAAACUGAAAAGCGGCAGCACCACCACCGGUAACUGCACCUACAAUCGUCCUUUCCGACGUCUCUGCCGCCGUCACCGUCACGACGGAGCCACAGCGAAGACGCCAUGGAUUUCCUCAAGCUAAUCUGCCCUAAUUCUCCUUACAUAUGGGAUGGAAAUGGAGUUUCAAGAUGCGUAAAUGACAUUGUUCUUGGUUUUGGAGCAAGUAUAAUAACGGUUAUCAUAGUUGUAGCGCUUGUCAUAACCGAAAGAACUACUAGAGGACGUAGAAAGAUAUACCUAUAUGAGAAGGUCUUCUUGCUUCUUUUACCUGUAAUUGGGGCAUGCAUAGCAUGCUUCGAUAUAACUAUGCUUUUAAGUAACACAAGAAGGGGUCGUCCAGCUUUAUAUCACGAGUGGCUCCUUAGAUGCUCUCAACUCUUAGUUUGGGCGACCAUACUUCUUGUCUCACGGUUUGAUUGCUGGUUAUUUGUCUUAUCGAAUUUGGUAUUGUGUUAUUGGUGGAUCACGAAACUGUUCUUAGGGAUCCCGAUUUUGCAAAAAACCUUUUCUUCUGUGAAGGUUUUUAGCUGUGUUAAUGAGAGCUUAAUAGUUUUAGUAGAUGUGCUGUUUUGUAUCCUGAUUAACGUUGUCCGAAUGAAGCAGGCAUCUCACAGGAACAGUUCAAUGGAAGAGUCACUGAUUUCCUGUGAAAUGGGCACCAAUGAUCAUUUUCGAUCAAAUCCCGGAGUUCUUGCUAGUUUUUGGAAUCUAAUGACAUUCAAAACUAUAAAUCCGGUCAUGGAACAUGGUGCGAAGAAGCAGCUUGACUUUGACGAUUUGCUUCAAUUACCAAUAGACAUGGAUCCUUCGUUCUGUCAUGAUUCGUUGCUUAACUGUUGGGAAGAUCAAACAAGGCGUAAUGGCUCGCAUCCUUCUUUGUUUUGGACAAUCUGUUAUGCAUAUGGAUGGCCAUAUAUGUGUUUAGGCAUGUUAAAGGUACUAAAUGACUGUCUUGGUUUUGCUGGACCUUUGCUUCUUAAUAUGCUGAUUAAGUAUCUUCAAGAAGGAACUGGGAAUUUUGAUGGUUAUCUUCUCGCCGUUUCUCUUGGCUUGACUUCCAUUUUGAAAUCUUUUCUUGAUACUCAAUAUACAUUCCGGCUUUCCAAAUUAAAGUUGAAGCUACGUUCUGGUCUUAUGACCAUUAUAUAUCGAAAGUGUCUCCAUGUUAGCCUGGCAUAUAAAACACAAUUUUCCGAGGGAGAAAUCCAAACAUUCAUGUCAGUGGACGCGGACCGAACUGUAAAUAUGUGCAACAGUUUUCAUGAUAUGUGGAGCUUGCCGUUACAAAUUGGAAUUGCCCUGUAUUUGCUCUAUACACAAGUUCAGUUUGCUUUUGUUGCUGGAAUCACGAUAACUAUUUUGUUGAUACCAGUAAAUAAAUGGAUUGCUGAAAUGAUUGCCAGUGCCACCAAAAACAUGAUGGAGCAAAAAGAUGAAAGGGUUAGAAGGACCGGAGAACUAUUGACAUAUAUUCGCACCUUGAAAAUGUAUGGUUGGGAGCUUCUUUUUACGAGUUGGUUAAUGAAGACAAGAUCCCUAGAAGUCAAAUACUUAUCAACAAGAAAGUACUUGGAUGCAUGGUGUGUAUUCUUUUGGGCAACAACGCCAACUCUUUUUUCUUUAUUCACAUUUGGACUCUAUGUGAUUAUGGGAAAUCAACUAGAUGCAGCAACGGUAUUUACUUGUCUUGCUCUAUUUAACAAUUUGAUUUCCCCGUUAAACUCAUUCCCAUGGGUCAUCAAUGGGUUGAUCGAUGCGGUCAUAUCUACAAGGCGGUUGAGCAAGUUUCUCUCAUGUGUUGAACAUGAAUCAUCAUCUUGCUCCAAAGAACUUUCUAAUUUUACAGCUGAUGAAAUGGAUAUUGUGAUGAAAGAUGCUUGUUGUGCAUGGUCAGUUGACCAGGAAGUCAAGGAGCUGAUUCUGGAUCAUGUCAAUCUUGCCAUUCCAAAGGGUUCUCUCGUUGCAGUUAUUGGAGAGGUAGGUUCAGGUAAAUCAUCCUUGUUGAAUUCUAUCCUAGGAGAAAUGAAGCUUAUCAAGGGAUCUAUAUAUUCAAGAGGAUCUGUUGCCUAUGUCCCACAGAUUCCCUGGAUUCUCUCCGGUACCAUCCGGGAUAACGUCAUAUUUGGAAAGGACUAUGAUCCAAUAAGAUACUCUGCUGUUCUAGAGGCAUGUGCUCUAGACACAGAUAUUUCACUUACUGUCGGAGGUGAUAUGGCUUAUAUCGGAGAGAAAGGGGUAAACCUGUCAGGCGGUCAAAGAGCUCGUUUAGCCCUUGCCAGGGCUGUAUACCAUGGAUCUGACGUAAUCAUGCUGGACGAUGUCCUUAGUGCGGUUGAUGCACAAGUGGCUUCUUGGAUUUUAUCAAAUGCUAUCCUUGGCCCUCUUAUGGACCGAAAAACACGCAUUCUUUGCACGCAUAAUAUUCAGGCAAUAUUUGCUGCAGAUAUGGUUGUUAUAAUGGACAAAGGACAAGUGAAAUGGGUGGGAAGUCCAGCCAGCUGUUCCAAUUCACCAUACGCGUCAUACGUCAGAUCUGAAAAACUUAAUACCUCUUCUGAGACUAAACCACAAGUAGAAACUGGAGAUACUUGUACGAGAGUCCUAGAGGGUGACGUGACAGACAGCGAAAUUAUAAAUAUUGUGAACCCCACUGAUGACAUCAUCAGGGUUGAAGAGAGGAAAGAAGGCAGAGUUGAAACAACUGUGUACAUGAAUUAUGCUGCGUUUUCUGGUUGGUAUAUAACAGCCAUAACAUGCCUAUCAGCACUUCUAAUGCAAGCUUCUCGGAAUGGAAAUGAUCUGUGGCUAUCUUACUGGGUUGAUACAGCUGCGUUAGAAGCCCAUCCAACAUCCUUUUAUUUGGUUAUACUCUGUAUCUUUUGUACAGCAAACUCCUUUCUUACUCUAGUUAGAGCUUUCUCAUUUGCAUACGGAGGCUUACGCGCAGCAAUUCAUGUGCACAAUAGCCUAUUGAAAAAGCUCGUUGAUGCACCAGUUUCCUUCUUUGACCAGACCCCAAGUGGAAGAAUACUUAACAGGUUGUCUUCAGAUCUCUACACAAUUGAUGAUUCUCUGCCAUUCAUCCUCAAUAUUCUUCUUGCCAAUUUUGUUGGUCUCUUAGGGAUUGCUAUAAUUUUGUCCUUUGUGCAGGUCAUGUUCUUGCUUCUCAUUCUGCCGUUUUGGUAUGUCUACAGCAAAGUGCAGUUUUACUACAGGUCAACAUCACGUGAAUUGAGAAGGCUGGACAGCGUAUCGCGAUCACCCAUAUAUGCAUCAUUCUCGGAGACACUUGAUGGAUCAUCAACUAUCCGCGCUUUUAAAUCCGAGGACCUUUUCUUGUCGAGGUUCAUCGAACACGUCACAAUGUAUCAGAAAACUUCUUAUUCCGAGACUAUAGCAAGCCUGUGGCUGUCCUUACGCCUACAAUUCUUAGCAGCUUUUGUUGUAUCUUAUGUUGCGGUGAUGGCGGUUAUUGGAGCUAACGGGCAUCUUCCAGUCAAUCUAGGUACCCCAGGGCUGGUAGGUUUAGCACUUUCCUAUGCAGCUCCAGUUGUAUCAUUGUUAGGAAGCUUUUUAACAAGUUUCACCGAGACUGAGAAGGAGCUAGUCUCAGUUGAGAGGGCUCUUCAGUACAUGGAUAUCCCUCAAGAAGAACUUCAAGGACACAACAUGUUGGAUGCAAAUUGGCCGUUUGAUGGACAGAUUGAAUUCCAUAAUGUAACACUCAGAUAUAUGCCGUCAUUGCCUCCUGCAGUUCGUGAUCUUAGUUUUACAAUAGCUGGUGGAACACAGGUAGGAAUUGUUGGAAGGACAGGUGCUGGCAAAUCAAGCAUCUUGAACGCGUUAUUCCGCCUCAACCCGAUAUGUGCAGGACAUAUUAUAGUCGAUGGCGUAAACAUAGCAGACAUUUCUCUGAGAGAUCUUAGGUCGCGUUUUUCGGUUGUCCCUCAGACUCCAUUUCUUUUCAAAGGAACUUUAAGGGACAACCUAGACCCCUUUAACUUAUACGAAGACUUAAAAAUCUGGAAAGCUCUAGAGAAAUGUCAUAUUGAGGAGGAGGUCCGGGCUGCAGGGGGACUAGAUAUGCAAAUAAAAGAGUCCGGAACUUCAUUUUCGGUUGGGCAGCGACAACUCCUUUGCCUUGCACGCACCUUUCUUAAGUCUACUAAGGUGUUAUGUUUGGAUGAAUGUACCGCAAAUAUAGACACUCAAACCGCUUCAAAACUUAAAGACGCAAUAUCUAGCGAAUGCAGAGGCUUGACAGUUAUCACAAUUGCUCAUCGUAUCUCCACAAUUUUACAUAUGGACAAUGUUCUCAUUCUUGAUCAAGGAGUAUUGGUGGAACAAGGAAACCCUCAGAUUCUAGUCAAUGACGAGUCUUCUAGAUUUUGGAGCUUUGCUAAAGCAUCUUCAAUGUAGUACCACCAGUCAGAAUUAUGUUUCUUUGUUGGUGUUGCCCAUAAUAUCUCCAUAUAAUAUCUAGAGUUAAUUACUCUU